AUGGUGAACACGCGAAGCGCGGCGCGCCGGGAACAAGAUAUUGAAGAACCUACGCCUACUAAUGUAAAGAAGUCCGAGGCUAGCAGAAGACCAUUGGUAAAAUCUCCUUCUGCGAGGUCUUCGGUGAAGGCGCGGAGGGCACGAUUGAUACUCGAGGCGGCGGAACAAAUGGCGCUUCUGAAAAUGGAACUCAUUGAAAAGAAGCUGGCUGCCGACCUGGCGAAGCUGGACAGCUGCGGCUCGCAGUCGCUAGCUGAUGGUGAACCUGGUGAAGAGGAAAAUGCGUCUCGAAUCGAGGAGUGGGUGAAGACACAGCGCGUCACUAGCUGUCACGACGAUGCGCUGCGCCCGGCACAACGGCAAGACGCUGUCUUGCAGCAAUUGGAUAACGCCGGCCCAUCCCAGCUCGGGAACGUGCAACCAAACCAGAGCGGUACUGACGACGGCACUAUGCACAUGCAAUCGGCAUGUGUGCUUAAGGACCUAGCCGCCGCCACCGCAACCACCAACGCCAACCAGGCAGAAACUAAGCUGCUUAACCAACUGUCUAUGCCAAAAGACUUACCGAAGUUUGACGGUGACCCGCUUGAUUGGCUACAGUUUAAGCAAGCAUAUGAAGAGUCUUCUCAAGUCAGCAAGUUUAGCGACCGAGAAAACUUAUGUGACAUCACUGCAUGCGGACAACCGCAUCAUCGCCUGCUGCACUACGUGCCGACCGCUACCGCCGAAGAGGUCGUCGCCCCAAGCACGGCGACACAAUCUGGUAGUGAACCAAUUGAAGUGGUAACUCACGUUAAGACGAACGGCAACGAAUGGUCAGUGCGGUUGAAGGUGGUUCCUGUAAUGAUUCACGGACCUAAUGGUGAAUUCCGUGCAAGCGCACUGCUGGACGACGGCUCCACAGUCUCAUUGAUUAGCGCGUCGUUGGCAGCGCGCGCCGGUCUGCGCGGGCGUACACAAACCAUGCGAGUUCGUGGCGCAUGGGACAAGAACGAGCUAGUGUGUGCGGCAGAACUAGUGGACUUAAUCGUUUCUAACAAACUCGGUGAAAAGUUUAAUAUAAGUGCGCGUAGUGUCAACGAACUGAGCUUGCCAGAACAAGGGUCAUUGAACUUUCAGUGCGAGACCUAUGACCACUUACGCGAUAUUAAAGACGAUCUGUGUUUUGCGUCGUUAAAACCCGACUUACUGAUAGGGCAAGAUAAUUACCAUUUAUUAUUACCUUUAGAUACACUAGGAGGCAAGCCAGGCGAGCCGUGCGCCACCCGCACGCCAUUGGGUUGGUGCCUGCACGGCAGGGUACCGAGUACACAAGCUCAGCACGCCGCAUUGUGUAUGUCGGACGUCGCGCCUGUUGUUGUCUCCGCGACCGACGAGCUGCAUGAUGAGGUGCGACGUUACUUCGCGCUCGAGUCAAUGGGUGCCUCACCAUCAAAGCCCCGACAGAACGCAGAAGAUGAGCGCGCCUGGAAGCGCCUCGAACAGACUUCCACGCUGCUGGACGGAAGGUGGUAUGUCGGCCUCCCGUGGAAGGACGAAGACUGUACAUUGCCCGACUCGUUACCUAUGGCUAUGUCACGAUUAAGAGGCGUAGAACGCCGACUGAAAAUGAACAGUGGUUACGCGCAGCGAUAUCACGAACGGAUACAGCAUUUAAUUCAAAAUGAUUACGCUGAACAAUUAACCGAUGAUAAAAAUGUGUGUCGAAAGAAAGUUUGGUACUUACCACACUUCGGCGUCGACAAUCCUAAUAAGAAGAAACUGCGGUUAGUCUUCGACGCUGCCGCUAAAACAUCAGGAAUCUCUCUAAAUGACUAUCUACUAAAGGGGCCAGACCUACUUAUGUCACUAUUUGGAAUUAUGUUACGGUUCCGUGAGAAUAGAAUAGCCGUAACCGGAGACAUAAAAGACAUGUUUUUACGAGUGAAGAUUCGCCCUGAAGACCAAGAUGCAUUUAGAUUCAUUUAUCGGGGCAACCCAAAUGAAGAUUUCGACCCAAACAUGCUAAACGAACCUGUUAAAACAUUCGUCAUGACGUCACUAAUAUUUGGCGCCAAUUGUUCACCGUUCGUCGCUCAAUUCGUUAAGAACAUAAACGCUCGGCGUUUCGAGUCAUCAUUGCCUGCCGCCGUAGCUGCUAUACUGACGCAGCACUAUAUGGAUGACUACAUCGAUAGCUUGCCCGAUGACCAAACAGCUAUUGAACUAGUAAAAGAGGUAACACGCAUACAUGCUCAAGGAGGCUUCGAGAUACGAAAUUGGAAUAGCAAUAGUACGGCAGUGCUUGAUAGCCUACCACAAGCGACGUUGGGCGACUCUGCUGUAAAGUUCAAAAUGGGCGAGCAAAAUGACGGCGACCGAACACUUGGUCUUAUAUGGCACACGACCGACGAUACUCUGAGGUUCGACAUGACAUUCAAAAAGAUACCAAAAGAAAUUAUUGACGGCGAACGAAAACCUAGUAAGAGAGAAAUGUUACGAGUAGUGAUGAGUAUCUUCGACGUUUACGGCUUCUUAUCACCAUUCACAAUUAACGGAAAAAUUCUAUUGCAAGAAACUUGGCAACUAAAUAUCGAUUGGGACGACUUAAUUAGCGACGAAAUAUUUAUAAAAUGGAAAAAAUGGAUUUGUUUACUGAAAUCGCUGGGAGAUAUAAAACUACCCAGAUACUAUCAAUCGGUAAUGAGUGCGAGUGGGACAGAAAAGCAUCAGCUGUCGGCUAAUGACCUCGUCGACCCUAUGAGCGCUACGAGCAGCGCUACGCCCGUAGCGGACAACACCAGUGCUACGCCGCUGCCGUCGACGACACUGAACCAAACUGUUGUGAACAGAAAUGGUUAUAAAGAACUCGAGAUGCAUGUAUUCUGUGACGCGUCUGUGAAGGCAUUCUGCGCUGUGGCUUAUUGGAGAUGGAUUGAUCACGACGAUAACAUACGUGUGGCAUUCAUUGCUAGCAAAUGCAGAGUUGCGGGGAAUAAGCCGAUUACAGUACCGCGUCUCGAACUACAGGCCGCUGUGUUAGCAUCUAGACUCGCGGAGACUAUUACUAACGAGCACAAGCUGAAAGCUGUAAGGAGAGUGUUUUGGAGUGACUCUACAACGGUACUCCACUGGAUCAAAAAUAACGCUCGUAAUUACAAGAUGUACAUUGCCAAUAGAUUGGGAGAAAUUGACGAGUUGUCUCGAAUACAUGAAUGGCGCUAUGUACCGACUAAGCUAAAUAUAGCAGAUAUAGCCACACGAGAAAACUACGAUUGCUCGGUGUUACAAGAUGAGUGGCUACGGGGAGCUACCUUCUUGUAUAAGCAUCCGGAAUAUUGGCCGCUAGAUGUCGUUGAACCUGCGAACAAAGAGUUAUUAGAAUGUGUAACAGUAAUUGAUAACACCAUAGAAACCUGUACGUUACCUGUACCUGAACCUUCACGCUUCUCUUCAUGGCUACGCUUGUUACGAACAACAAGUCAAGUACUUACCUUUGUUGAUAACAUUAUCAAGGCCAUCAAUAAGAGAAAACAGAUAGCUUCCACCUGUAAUCUGAAUGAUGACGUGAUGGACAGGGCCGAACGCUUACUAAUAAAGCACUCACAAGCUUUAUCAUUUGGAAGAGAGAUUAAGCUACUUCAAGCGUCUACGGCACUACCUACUUCGAGUAAGCUACUUACCUUAUCUCCGUACCUAGAUGAGCACGGAGUCCUGCGAUGUGGAGGCCGCAUCAACGCUGCUCCUGAAAUAACUCCAGACGUUAAACAACCUGUAAUACUAGAUGGUCACAGUCACAUUACUCAGCUGAUUGUGAAGCAUUAUCACCAAAGAGCUUUCCACGGCCACCAGGAAAUGGUGGUUAAUGAGCUGAAACAGAAGUACUGGAUUGUACGUAUUAGACCUACUGUUAAACAUGUUAUUUCAAAAUGCAUGCUGUGCAGAAUCAGGCGUGCACAGCCUCGACCUCCUCGAAUGGGAGACUUACCUGAGGGACGAUUGGCGCAUCAUCAGCGUCCCUUUACCCACACUGGAGUGGACCUGUUCGGACCUAUGGAAGUGACCAUAGGACGCCGCCGAGGAAAAAGGUACGGCGUGUUGUUUACCUGUCUCACUGUGAGGGCUAUACAUGUUGAGCUCGUAGGAAGCCUUACUACCGAUGACGUCAUAAUGGCUCUCCGACGAAUGGCAGGCAGACGCGGGUGGCCGCGAUACCUUUACUCGGAUAAUGGUACUAAUCUGAGAGGCGCCGACAAGGAGUUGAAGAACCCACAUUGGGGUGGGGCAUGGGAGCGACUCAUUCGCUGCGUGAAAAACGCACUGAAAGUCGUGCUGAAAGAGCGAGCACCUCGAGACGCUGUUCUACAAACUCUCAUGACAGAGGUUGAAGUGAUGGUAAAUAGUCGGCCCCUCACCCAUGUGAGCGUUGAGCCGAACACUGACGAGACAUUAACACCCAACCAUUUCCUCCUUGGCUCAUCCUCAAACCUACCGACUAUGGGCACCUUUGAUGAGUCAGAUACAUUCUUGCGCAAACAGUGGAGGAUUGCUCAGCAGCUGGCUGACUCAUUCUGGCGACGGUGGGUGAAGGAGGUGCUGCCGGACAUGCGUCCGAGAAAGAAGUGGCAGCAAGAGCAGAGGCCCUUACAAGUGGGUGACCUCGUUUUAAUUGUCGAUCCCGCAUCCCCACGAAACGUUUGGCCACGCGGCAUAAUUCGAAGAGUGAUGCCAGGCCAAGACGGCCGCAUCAGAGUCGCCGAGGUGCAAACAAAGUCGGGCAUAUUGCGACGACCGGUAGCACGAGUUGUGUAUAUAGCUAUCGGGAAUGAGUGCUGA